AUGUCACUAUUUUCAACACUUUUACCUAUUGUUCGAUCGGUUUUCUCACGAUGGACAGCAUUACAAAUUGCUGUGAGCCAUUCAAUGGGUGGUCACGACAGUGAAGCAAAAUAUGAAGCCUUCAUUGAAGCGUUUGGUCAAUAUCUUGUACGAAAUGUUCGAUCAUCAUCUAUAUCCAGUUUGGAACAAGAGAUUCAAGAAUAUCUUGAUGAAAUACUCGACGAAGAAUUUAAUACGAUUUUAGACGAUGGUUCAAGUGGUGAAUUAUCGAAAUUAUUUAUUCGUUAUAUUCAACUUAUUCAAGAAGGUAAAUUAGCUGUUAUUCAACAAGAAUUACAGGCACAACAACCAGCUGCCGCAGCAGUGGGAAUGUCUGUUCGAAAUGGAAAUGAACAUGAUUCAUCAUCAUCAUCAUCCGAAAAUGAUGAUCAUGAUAAUGAAAUAAGAGAAGAACACGAAGAAGAAUCCAUAAAUGAGCCAAAAUCAGACGCAAUGGAUGUCGAUGAAGAUGGUUGGGUAACUGUUCGUCGACGUACAGGAGGGAAAAAAUAA